UCCUGGUUGCUGAGGCUCUGGUGUUUUUGUCUCUUGUCAUCGCGGCAGAAAUAUACUUUUUUCAUUGUUAGAAACUCUCCUUAAAAAUCGGAAGUUGUUGACGGAUUGAGUGGUUUAUUCACUUUUUGUUUGUCUAGUUAUAAGCAGACCAACUCGGUCCAAAGUAGGCAAAGAUGGCAAGUGGGUGCCUGAAAGUCACAAAGUAUUUUCUUUUCCUGUUUAACUUCCUUUUUUUCAUUCUUGGUGCUGUGAUCCUUGGAUUUGGCUUAUGGAUUGUACUGGACAAAGCAAGUUUCAUCUCAGUUGUACAAGACUCCUACACUUCCUUGAAGAUCGGCUCUUAUGUUCUCAUGGGGGUUGGCUCAGCGACAAUGGUUAUGGGAUUCUUGGGCUGUCUUGGAGCAGUCAAUGAAGUAAAGUGUCUUUUGGGUCUGUAUUUUGCAUGCCUGCUAGUGCUGCUGCUUGCUCAGAUUGCCGCUGGUGUUUUCAUUUACCUGCAGAGAGAUGGGCUGAAAGAUGAGCUGAAUAGCACAAUCCACAAGAUCAUUGUCAGUUACAACCCAUAUGAUGAGGAGGAUAAGAGCACUGAGGAUACAUGGGACUACAUCCAGAUAUCACUUAAGUGUUGUGGUUCCAAAGGUCCUAAUGACUGGGCAACGAACAUUAUUAUCGCAAAUACCUCCUCGAAAGUGUACCCUUGUUCUUGCGCUGACCCACCAGAAGUUGCUGAACAGGAAACUGGGUUCUGUAGCACAGGUAACGGCACAGCUCCUGUCUAUGGUGAGGCUUGUAUGGUUGGAGUGCAGACAUGGCUGCUGGACAACAUUGGGAUUAUUCUUGGAGUUUGUAUUGGAGUUGCUGCUGUUGAGUUACUUGGAAUGAUUCUUUCUAUGUGUCUGUGCAAGAACAUCCGAUCAGAAGAGUACACCAAAGUUCCCAAGUACUAAGGAGUGAGAUGUUCUACGUUCAUGCAGAAGGUUUUCUGGAAACAUCAAUGUGCUUCUAGCUUCCCCCACAAUUCAAGAAAACAAAAGUGACAAACUGGCCCUCUGACAUAGCAGUCAUUUCAUUUAGUUAAUAUACAACGCAAAAUGCAACUUGUGCUAUUUUUUUAGUGUAGGUUAAGCUCAGUCACUCAGCAAGCACAACAUGUGGUGAGAAAAUGUAGGUUUUGCUGUGCAAAGGGGAGGUAUAAAUUAAAUCUAAGUUGAUGAUCUCUACAUCCUUGUUCCUGCUACAAAAUGUCUUGAAUGAACAUAGCUUAUGAACUCUCAGUACUUUGCAUCCCAGUUUUCUUUAAUGUAGUGCUCUGAUGCAUCAUUUGUAAUCACAGUGCUUUUGUUAAGUCUAUAGUCCACUCAUUUUCACAUUAAAAGUUCUGUCAUGCUGCCUCCCUCCAGUCACUCAAGCUUAAUUGGUUGUGUUGUCAAAGCGAGAAUGUUAAGUGGAGACAUGAUUGUUUCUUUUUUUCUUAGUUAAUUUCAGGUCUUAAUAGUUAACUUCUUAAUAGUUUCCAAAUAUAUUUGUAUGGUCUUGAAGACUUAAAAACAAGUGUACUCCUCUCAAGUCUAAUAGGGUUCUAAAAUAUUGUCCUCCUUGGUUUAUGUUGUUAUCAGUUGACCAGAUUGUCACUUUCAGUCACUUAAGACACAGAUAAUCUGCCCUUUUUUUCUGAUUUCUGUUUUAAUUUUGUACAGUACUUAUUUUCCCGUAAUUUCUUGUACCUACCUUAAAGCACUUUAGUGACUGUUGCUUGUGGGGAAAGGAUGUAUUAUUGAUUUAGUUAAUUGUUGCAUGUUUUGUUAACUUUUUAUAUAAAUAUGAAAGUAUAUGUUUUUAACUUAAAUUAGAUGAAACAAAUGAGUCACAGAAAUUGUUGGUGUUAAUAUGGGAAAAAGUAAUUUGAUUUUAAGAACCUCUGUAGUAAUACACAGUAGAUUUGUUGUCUGAAAAUGGUAGAAGAAGUACACUUGUCAUAUCAUAAGCUGUUAGAGGUGUUACCACUAAAAAUACAUUGUUUAACAGUUAUUUCCUCAGGGUAGCAUGAUACCUCCUGUACCGUUUCAUUGUCUGUUGAGUGUGGUAUCUAUGUUUCUCCAGGUCAUACCUUUAAGCCAUUGUUUGGUUUGAUGUUGCUUCAACUUCGGACCGCAUGAUUUUCUUUGUUUUUCCCACUGAACUUUAUUUUUUACAAUGUUUUUGUUAUGCAACUUCACAACUUUAUUGUAACUACCUUGAGAGAACAGAAGUAAUGAACAGUAGGUUGAUGGAAAUAAUUGGCAUUGUGGGUGUAAUGAAGGUACAUGAGAUUUUUAACUGUCUGUCAUUCUUAUGUUUCCUUACUAUUUUAAAAGUUUUGAAGGAUUUGGUUGGAUCUUUUUGUGCUUGUUGUAUAUUUGAGAAUGCGUUUUUGUUUUCACUGCCUUUUUUCUUUGAACCACUAAAUUUACAGCCUUGACAUGGACAGUUAAUAAUCUUGCAAACUUGAACUUCUGUUUCUGUAUGGGGUUAGUAGGUUUUGUACAGGUGCAUUAAACUGCCUUUGUAGUGAUGCAAAAAUAUAUACUGUAAGUGCAUUAUCUCCUUCAGAGUAGAUUUAGGAAAAGCUUGUUAUUUUUUGGCUGAGUCGCUAAAGCAGUAUGUCUUCCAACUCGGCUUUUGAUGUACAGGAAGCUCUGUACGUGCAUAAAAUCAGGUCCUUAAACAACAGGGAAGACUGUCUUUCAGACAUUUUCAUAGAGAAAGCUAUUUUUCUAAGUUCCACUUCCCUAGAAGUGCAAGUCAGAUUUAAUAUUGCUAUGUCCGAAGAAUUUUUGAGAUGAACUGAAUAUGGUCAAAGUCUUCAGCUCUUGAUUAGAAAGUUAAUCUAGGUAGGUAAUAACUCCACUCUGUGUAGUUUCACACCUUUUGAGACAAUGCGGUUAAUCAUGAUACUGGUCCUUGUGUACGUUAAGAUUUUGGUAGACCUGCACAGGAAAAAAAAAUACCACAAACUGAUUUGAACUGCAAAUUAAUUGUUAAACUUUUUUUUUUAAUCUUUGGAAGUACAGCUGCUGAAGGAAAAUGGUUGUGAGGUAGACACCCAUCUGACUGUAACUAGGAUUUCUAAACUCACAUGCUUUGUUUUCAUGAGCAAGGGAAAUCAAGCUCUUGGUCUUGUGUGAUACAUCAGUCAAAAAUGAUAAUGGAACUGCAGUCAUUUCAUUAAAAAAGCUGUGGAUGAAAAUAA